AUGAACGUGUUUGGUACAAUUAUUGAUGGUGAGAGAAGAAAAGCAAUGUCCAGGAUCGAAGAAACAAAUGAAAUACUCACAUAUAAUCUAGACAAGAUCAAAAAUUUGCUCGAGAAACAAGAAGUCAGCAUUAUAACCCUUUUUAACAAUGUACAAAAUACACUUAGCCGAGAAAAACCGGUCCGAGACUUGAUAUUACCUGCUGCGAAAGCUAUGGUUUCUGCAAUGAUCGACGAAAAAGCUGCAAAUAGCUUAAAUAAAAUUGCAUUGUCAAAUGAUACAGUAAAAAAACGAACUGAUGGUUUAUCAGGAAAUAUUAAAGAACAGUUGUUAAGAAGAAUCAAUAAAAGUGACUACUUUAGUCUCCAACUUGAUGGAAGUACCGAUAUAACUAAUAAAUCAGUAUUACUGUUUUAUGCAAGAUACGAAUACGAAAAUGUCAUUUCCUAA